AUGCGGCGAACGACAGGCUCAGUGAUAGUGUUUUUGUGGGUGGUCAUCGGAUUUUCUCUAUACCCAAUACUGAGCAUAAAAACGGAAUUUUUCGCUUCGGCAUAUGUGCGAGCCGCUUAUAUAUGUGUGGUGGUCAUGGGCGGGGUUAUUGUUAGUUUUUGGACAGGUGAUGAAUCCGGAUCAGGACAACAGCAGCAAUCCCCUCCAUCGUCUUCUGACGACGUUGAUAAGAUUGCUGUGGAAGUGGAAAUGGGCGUAUUCAAUUACAGAUGUAAUGGAGGAGGAAAACAAGAGGAGGACUGUGUUAUCUGCCUUUGUGAAUUCGAAGAGGAUGAGCAGGUGGUGGCACUAAAACCGUGUCAUCACAAUUUUCAUGUGGAUUGCAUUCGAAAAUGGCUCAAGUGCAAGCUCCGGUGUCCCACCUGCAAUGCAACUCCGCUUCAGAAAUUUGGAAGCCACGCUCAAAAUGAUGUUACGCUUGAAAUUCCACCUCCACCUCCGCCCCCUGCGGCUCUUUGA